AUGACCCUCCGUCGACGGUGGAUCCUCCUCUGCGUCCUUCUGGGCGGCGCCGUAAUGCCCAUCAUCGUUUCCGUCGCCGCCCUUCGCGGCAUUUAUCUUCCCGUCAUUGGCCUUCCUGCCCUCCUAGUGGCCGGUUUCGGUAUACUCGGGCCCCUUGCUAAAACACCUUCCAAAUCGAGAUGGAAGUCCGCCCAGGGCAUAAGCAAGCUAGACUCGGUGCAGUCAGUUCGAGUCCGCUUCUGGCAACAUCUCAGUGUCCCGAAGAUGUUACCCAGCGUGUCAUAUUUACUUGCGCACCCUGCCGCUCUCAGGAGCGUGACGACACCGGCAUCCCCGUUUGGCCUACACCAGUCGCUUCAUCUCGCCUUCCACACCGUCUUCGCCAGCCCGAGAGCUGAAGGGGAAUAUCUGUACGUGCUUUCUGCCUUGUGUUCGAGGACGAUGAAGAGACUCGAGAAAAUAGAUAGAAGAAGUAGAAAGGAAAAGAAAGAAAGAAAAGAAACACAUCUGCUGACGUUCCUUCAACGUGUUUUCCCCCACCACUACGCAGGCUCGCUCGCUGCCGCAUGGCAGGCGGUGAUCGGCAACGCCGUCGCUGGCUUCUUCUUCGCAGCCUGGCAGUACAUCAAUUCUGGAGGAGUCGGCAUUGUGAUCUCAGCCCUCUGGUACAUUGUCUCAAUGCUGGCUGCCGUGCGCUGCCAUGCCAUGCAGGACACCCUCCGCGGCGUUGCUGUCGGACCAGCCGGGGGUUCACUAGCGCCUGGUGGACUAUUACUCGGAGCGAGUGACAGAGCGAGUAGCGAAGCGAGCGCGGGGGUGGAGGCGGAGACAGACUCUUACCGCAUGCGAGCUGGCUUCACGAGAGUGGUUUCUGAUGUGCUAGUCACUGGGUGUGAAGAUAUAUAUGUCCAUCAAUAUGCAGCACAUUUCUGUCGAAUACGACAGUCGUGGAUGAACAGGAUCAAGCCUGGCCGCAGCGACGUACCCGGAGAGGGUCUAGUUGUGAAGACGAGGCACUCGGGGGCGCACAGCGUGCCGGGCAGAACACUGCGGGAGUUGAACGUUGACGUAGCUCUCCUCUCUCUCGUCGACACCGCGAUGAACCCCCCUCUAUUAAGGAUCCUCGUCUACGCCCUUCUGGGUGGCAUCGUGUUCGUUAUCAUUGUUCCCGUCAUCAUCAUUCUCGUCCUUCUCGUCCUCUCACUCAUCGGUUUCGGCAAACUCGGGCCCGUUGCUGGCUCGUUCGCUGCCAGGUGGCAGUCAGGGUUGGGCAACGUCGUCGCUGGCUCCCGCUUCGCGAUCUUGCAGAGCAUCAGGAUGACUCGCGUGAGACCGGUCCGCUGGUGCAUCAUCUUCGGAGUCGUUGGCGUUGCCAUCGGUGCCCUCAUUGGCUGGCUCAAGACCGAGUCGCAGAGCAUUGAAAUGACUGCUGUGAUCUCAGCCCUCUGGUACAUUGUCAUAAAACUCUGGUACAUUGUCAUCAGCCUCUGGUACAUUGUCUCCAUCAUCCGGCAUAUUGUCUGGUAUAUCGUCUCGGCCAUCUGGCAUAUUGUAACGGGAGUCAUUGGUGUUGUUAUUAGUGCUUUCAUUGACUGGCUCAUGGGGACAUGGAGCCUCCCUGUUCUGACUUUACAAAUGUCGACCUGA